CUCUCAACCACACUUGUGUUCUUUUUUAAUCUAGUUGAUCCCUUGAUACACCUCUGGUGCUUGAGUUGGAACUGUGUGGAAAUCUCAGCCGGAGUGGUAAAACCUUGUAGUGGCAUCAGAGCUUGGGCUUCAACGAGAUUUGAAGGUUGUGGUUUGAUGGAGUGGUUUGACCCUCCAAUGUGCAAAAGGUCUCAGAAAAUCAUCCCAGGAUUAUUAAAAAAACUGAAUGCCUAUGAAGAGAAAAUCCAUUCAUUGGAGAUGAAGGCUCAAGCAUUGGAGACAAACUGUUUCAAAGCAGAGAAGAUGCAGACAAAAUGUAGUAAAUGUAUAAGAUUGGUGUGCUUUAUGUGUGUUGUGAUUGUUAUUGUUUCAGUCUACUUGAAAGCC